UGACAUUGUGCGUCUCUGCAGGACACAUUUUUAACUUUAAAGUGGCGCACUUGUUUUUUUUUGGUUUGUCGCACAACGUUCUCGCCGUACGGAGGUUAUCAAACAAAACUGUGUGUUUUUAAACCUGGGAAAAAAGUAGACAAGUGUGACUUUUUACAUGAUGUACACGAUCACCAGAGGUCCUAGCAAACUGGUGACCCAACGGCGCACAGGCCCUACGCAGCCGCUCGACAACAAAAUAAACGACUUCAAGCAUAAGCAGACGACUUGGAGUUUACCCGAUCUCCCAGCACCCAAGAUUGUUUUUAACCGCCCCAACGGCAAAAAGUACCACCAGCCCGCCUCGGGUCUGCCCGCAGACCCCAAGCAGCAGGGGGAGUCGACGGCGGCCCACGAGGACAACGUCAAGUUUGUGUACGAGGCCUGGCAGGAGGUGAUUGACCACGCGCAAGGGACGGAAGAGGAGGCAAGCGCGGCGGCGGUGGUCCACUACAAAGACGACACUCCUAACCCCCACGUGGACGACUUUGUGCCCAUCGAUCUGGACGAGUGGUGGGCCCAGCGCUUCCUCGCCAACAUAGACAAACUAUCGUGACGUUCCUCGCGGAACUUCUGGGGGAGUUUCUGGAUCUGGGGACGUUGGCCCGAAAAGCAGGAAGAGGGUCAGAAAUGGGCACAAAAUGGCGCCCAGGACACCGGAGCAGAAAGCACAGACGUUGGCUUCUCUCCACUUGCACUGCUGCCAUUUUGACUCGACGUCUUCAGACGUGACCGCUGGAGGACGUCGCUUGUGUAAUAUAACUCACAUGUAAUGUAACUA